AUGAACUGUUUAGAUCCUGCGGAAAUACCAACUAUUCAGCCGUUUGAUGUGGACACAUUCGAGGAUAAGGACCACCUUGGUAAUAAGGUGGACGCCAGCGCUGUGCAAAUAUGCGGGUUUCACCCUAAGGAAGUGACUGGCUUUGAAAUACUUAAGGAAAAGAAUGAUCUUCAACUUCUUCAGGCAGCAACACCAGUUUCAGUAGAGGAACAAGAGUUAGCCUGGGAGCAGUGCAGUGCUGUAUACAACGUAAUUCUCGCAGCGAUUAUUGGCACGGUAAUUGUUGUACACUUCGCCUUCCUCCUCCACGCUCUCUGGGGUGCGAUCAAGCGUGCCUGCAUCAAACAGACGCACCUGCGAACUCAUGGAGCUGAUGAGGUUGGGGAGGACGAGGUACCUCUCACCUACACGCCCAACUACGUGUGGUACGCUGGGGAUGGAAAAAUACCCUUGAAAGGUCUGGCACAGGAGGACUUUAUUGACUUUGAGCGCUAUGCCCACUUUGUCUAUGCGCAAUCACAUGAGCCCUAG